AUGCAUAAUCGAGAAGUUGUGGAACAAGUGGACAUUGGCUAUCGUAUGCCAAUGCCUCGAGGUUGUCCGGAGCAAAUCUAUAACGAGGUGAUGUUGAAGUGUUGGGAUAAGGUUCCCGAGCGGCGGCCGACAUUUGACCAUCUGUUCCACUUCUUUGACGACUAUUUCGUCUCAUCACAGCCAAAUUACGUUCCUCCCAGUGUUUAG